CGCCCGCCCGGCCGGGGGUGAAGGGACGCCCCGGCGCUCCCCGGGGCAGGGAGACUGAGCCAUGGCAGCAGCCGGCGCGGCUCCCGCAGGAUCCCAGCUAGCCAUGGUCCCCAAGUAUUCCAUGAUGGGUCCUUUCAGAGGACACAUGAGUAUCAAAAGUAGCCCUUUUUCUCCUGGAUCUUCCUCCAAGCUGUCAACUCAGUACAUUAUUCAAGAUCACAUGGCUACUCAUUAUAGGAAAUUGCUGUCCUCCAAAGCUGCUGUUGAUUCAUCUGUACCAAAGAGUUUGCAUACUAGCAUUAAAUACAGGGAUCAGCAAAAAAAAGAAAGACUUAUCAAAGCAGUUGAAAAAUACAAGAAGGAACUUGUACGGAUAGUUUCUUCCCCCAAAUUUAACUGCAGGAGUGUUUCCAUGGGACAGCAAAAGUGGCCGGAUAAGAGUCGCCUGUAUUUGGCACCACGUGGGAAAGUCUGCUCCAUGACUCAGGAAGAACAGCACUCAUCUGUACCCUUUAAGAAGCCCCCCUCAAGAAUUCCAUCACCAGUUUUAACUGCGAGAGAGACUAUUCGAGACAUUGUUCAGCAAUCUUUGUCUCAGACUCCUGUUCACAGAUCUAAUAUGCUCAAACUAUCCACUACACCACAUAGCCAGGCUCACCUGUGUGCAGUGGUUUGCAGCAGGAAGCCAACAUUUCAAGACCCUCAGAAGAAAACAUAUAGUGGCGACCUCCUUGACAAACAUUCUGAUUGGUUCACAGAAAAAAACCAGCCUUUUGCCCCCCAAAUUUUAAAGACAUCACGUCAAUCGUUUCUUUCAAAGUACAGGUAUUAUAAUCCUCCCCACAAAAUGAAGAGUAUCUCACCCGGAAGACCAUCUCUUAGAUCAACUGGAACAUACAGUGUAAGGCCAAGAGAAUUAUGCAGCUCUGUAGAAGAUGCACAUCUGAGAUCUGAUGCAGAUUACUCCAUGCGGCAUCCAGUUAAGGUUAUUGUACCCAAUUUGGAACAUGAAUUGUGGUUUAUGAAGCCUCAAACACCUCAUUCUCUAAGAUCACAAUUUAAGGAGAAAGAAGAAGAGUUGAAAUACCUUCAGUUUCUUCAAGAAGUUACAAAUGAUAUUUUGAUAAGAAGUUGUUACUGCAAGGAGGCAAUAGAAGAUAUAUUUCAAAUGCACAUUAGAAGUAGAAGGCAUGACCUUGAUGAGGUAAAAAUGAGAAGACUAUUUCAAGACCUGAAGGAUGAGCUGAACUGCACUUAUCAACUGGACCCUUCCAUCAGCUACACUGGCAUACAGCAUAGUGAUACCAGCACCUUUAAAACAUGUUUGUAGCCUACUACUAUCAAGUCACAUUGAUUUUUUUUCCCAUUUCCAUACACUUCAGGAAACAAAGAUAGCAAUCUAGACUUAUAUUAGCAUGAAUUGUACUGUAAGCCUUGCACAAAAAGGAAAAAUCCAGCCAAUGCACUCUCUGCAACAGAAUAUAAAAUAGUUUAAUAUCACUGUUGUAAUAGUCAGGUUACUGUUUACAGAACAAUACUGGAGUGCCAAUGGCAGCAUUUGUAUGGAGAAUUUCAUAAAUCAAAAUGGAGUGCUAAAGACAAGUGUGCUUUCACUGAUUAUUUGUCAGCCCUGGCUCAGAAAGUUGCCUUAAUUUAUACAACCAUCUUACCAGGAAUUCACUUUAGGAAUUCUUCUUGUUUUAUGUGCCACACACCUGAUUAUAGAUAGAUCAGAAAUUAAGAACUGAGGGUAAAAUGUUCAAAAUCACCUAAACAACUCAGGAGAUCAUGUCCCAUUUGUUUCCAAAGACUGAAGCUCCUAAGCAAUUUGGAAGCCUUUGAAAAUUUUAUCAUACAAAAAAUUUAAGUUUAAAGGGAGUUAAGGUAGAGUGUCCAUACCACUAAAACACAUUACAGGAAUGCUUUAAAUUUUCCCAAAACUAAGCACCACAAAUCCAGGAAAUUCAGCAAUAAAGUUACAUUUAAAAAGUAGUACAAACAGGUUAAGAAAUGAAAAUACACAGUUAACAUAACCUUAACUCUUUCCUGUAGUGACACCAUGUAAUAACUGAAGGACAAUAAAUGUUUUAGUUUUUGUGACCCCAGUUCAGCUAAAACUGAUUUUUUUAAACGACCUUUUUCCAAACUCGUCUCCCUCGUGUCGUCACUACAAAGUCAAGAUGGGUUGGGAAAAAUUAUAAAACCCCUAUAAUCUUUUUUUACCCUUACAUUACUGAUAUAUACUCACAACCAUAACUUCAUCUUAAUGUACAUUUUUAUGAGCUUCGUUAAUUUUUAAUUACUGAAAAUUUCACACAUGAUCACCAAACAAGGAAUCAAAAGAAAAUGCUACUAUGAUAUUUCUAAUUAUUAGAAGAUAUGCCGUGUCAAUCUUUAAUCAUUUUAUUUUAAUUUUAACUGUUAAGGUCAGAUUUGCUGGUGUACCAGAACAGCCUAAAGCAGCCAGGAUGCAUUGGCCAUUUAAACUUAAUGCUAAUUGGCAUCGCUAGAACAACACAAAACCGAUAAAGUGAAUCCGUCUCUUAAUUUGCAAUUGACUUGUUGCUUUAGAGAGUGGUAUUAUUGAGAGUCAUGCUGUGUGAAAAGGGGAUGGGUAAAGCACAGUCUGUAAGUCUCAAUGUCUGUGAAAUUUAAAGACUCUGCCUAUCUGCCUCAGUUUCCCUGCAGGGGGUGCCUGGAUGCACAGUAGAGCUAAGGCAGCAGUGCCAUUGGGAGCCUUUCAGGCAUUGAUACCCAAGUUAGAGUGCCAGCAUGAAACCUUCAAAGAGCUGUGAAAUCGGGCCAACUAAUUACCAAUGAGCACUCAACUCAUGUCCAGUCUCCUUCAUCCACAGAGUCAUUACACCCCAUAGAACUAUUCCAUGAAGAUUAACUUUAGAAAAAGGGGGGUGGGAUUGGUGAGGUUCCAUCUGAUGUCACAGUGGUCCCAAUUAAAAGUUACCUGACCAGCUGAACUGACCCUGUGUGUAAUCUAUAUAACAAUUAGAUUAAAAAAUCAUUAACAUAGCUUAAUUGCAACCUAAUUUCUUGCAAUAUAGCGUACACAUAAGUUUUCAAUUAAUUUUAAUGAUAUAAAACAUUUGAAGAGUUUGUGAUAAGAUCAUUUGGGACAUAGAAAAGAGUGAUACAAAUGCUAAAUUUCUUAAGGGUCCCAGUUUUCAAUUAAUUUAACUAAUUUAUUUAUUUUCUUGUAAUUCUCAGAAAAUUAAUUCUGUGCUCAAAAGGAAAGUCCUGUAAGUUUGAGCAGGCAGGAUAAUGCUGUGUUUUCCAUACAUAAAAGACGUUGUUAUUUAAGACUCCUUAUUUAAGUCUAAAGCUCAACUUUUAUUAUGCUGUCAAUACUAGUACCUUCAUAAUAACUGAAAAAAUGAACCAUUAACACCAGUUUAGCUUAGAGCAAAAUUGUACUGUUUGUUUAGUUCAGGCCCGCACAACUCGUAAAGAGGUGAGGGCCACAUUACUCCAAAGAAAACAGCUGAGGGCUGAAAGCCCCCGGCCCCAUGAAAACACCCCCCGCCCGAGCACCUCCCGGCCCUGCGAAAACACCCCGCCACAGGGCCGUCCAGCCCUGCAGAAACAAACCCUCCUUCCCCAGCGCCACCCCACCAAAACAGCUGUGGGCCAAAAAGAAAGGUUGGGGGUGGGGAGGUGAUACUUGAUUUUAAAUCAGCCAGGGACUCCCAGCUGAGGAGGUGGCUGGGAGCCCUCAGGGGCAAAUUAAAGGGCCCGGGGCUCUGGUGGCUGGGGGAACCCAGUGCUUUCCGGGGCUCGGGCAGGGGUUUAAAGGGCUCAGAGUUCCUGCCGCAGAGGGGAGCCUGAGCCCUUUAAAUCACAGCC